AUGCUUCCCCCGUCGCCCCCAUUAGGCAUGUACCCUUCCUUGAUCCCCACUCCUCCGCCUUCUCCGCCCAUUGCCCGCUGUUACACCCCGGAAGACCGUUUGGGACUACUUCUGGCCAACCGGCUGGAACUCACAAGCAUCUUGGGAGUAGGCGCCUAUGGCGUCGUCUACACGGCCGUCGACAUCCAUACCAAUGUCUUGUAUGCUGUCAAGGCCCUCAACAAAUCUGGACUUGAUCCGCGGCAGCUCAAGUUCCAACAGCGGGAGAUCAAGCUACACCAUCUGGCAAGCCAACAUCCCAAUGUGGUUUCCUUGGUCCGCAUUAUGGAUUCCGUCGACUGCACCUAUGUGGUCAUUGAAUUUUGUCCCGAGGGCGAUCUGUUCUCCAGCAUCACCGAAAAAGGCAAUUUCGUUGGCAAUGACCCCUUAGUCAAGCGUGUUUUCCUCCAAAUCCUGGAUGCCGUCCAUUUCUGCCAUUCCAUCGGAAUCUAUCACCGGGACCUGAAGCCGGAAAACAUCUUGGUAACGGACCAGGGAUUGACAGUAAAGCUUGCAGACUUUGGCCUUGCCACCAUGGAUCCUCUCACGUCGGACUUUGGUUGCGGUUCUACCUUUUACAUGUCUCCAGGAGUCAUCCUAGUUAACUUGACGUGCGGUCGUAACCCCUGGAAGCGUGCCUCAAUCGAAGAUACCACGUUCCGUGCGUAUCUCAAGGAUCCCUUAUUUCUGAAGUCCAUUCUUCCCCUGUCCGACGAGAUGAUCUGUAUCUUAAGCCGCAUCUUUGAAUGCGAUCCCAGGAAGAGGAUCACCAUUCCGGAGCUUCGUCACUUGAUCCUGGAUUGCCCUCGAUUCACUAUGAACCCCGUGACUUCGUGGGCUUCCAUCAACGGAUCCCUCCCCGGUGAGAGUGUGAGCAACCCCCAGGUUCCGGAACCUAUUCCGGUGGAUGUUUACAACACCUCAUCGUCGGCGUCUUCCUCCGAUUCCUCUCACUACUCGGAUUCGUUAGAGUCUGCCGUCUCGGAUGCGUCCUCAUUCACCGAGGGCUUCCCCGACCUGGACAGUUUGUCGUCGAUGUCUUCUGUCGACCUGGAACCAGGAGUAGACUGCAAAGAUGAUUUCCCGCAGGCGGACUCCGUUGCAUGCAGUGAGCUCUCCGAGCUGCUUCUGGUUUCCACGCAGUCAUUCAAUAUUCCCAUCCCCGUUUGUUAA